CGGAAAGAGAGGGGAAGAGAGAGCCAGCACAUUGCUGCACAUGGAGUCGAACCAGCGUCCGAAGCGCGCGAGAACCGCCGCCGCCACGGUGGCGUCCAAAGCGGCGGCAGCGGCGAAGAAGUCGACGGCCGCCGCUUCGAAGAAGGCGAAAACCUCCACCAAGGCCGCUGCGGCUGCCGCCACCGCCGCCGCCACCACCGCGCGUGCCACCGCUCCCAAGGUCAAGAAAACCGCCGCAAAGCCCGCGGCUGCCGCAAAGCCUGCCGCAAAGCCUGCCGCAAAGCCUGCCGCAAAGAAGAAGGGUGGUCCCCUCGAGGUCGGCACCGAAGCUCCCCCCUUCGCGGUGAAGGACCAGGACGGCGCAGAGGUCACCCUCGAAUCCUUCAGGGGGGAAAAUAACGUGGUCGUGUUCUUCUACCCCAAGGACAAUACUCCCGGCUGCACGAAGGAGGCUUGCAAAUUCCGCGACUUGAAGGACGAGUACGACCGUCUGGACUGCGCGGUGCUGGGCGUCAGCGCCGACCACGAGGUCAGCCACGGCAAGUUCAUCGCCAAGUACGGCCUCAACUUCAGACUGCUCGCCGACACCGACAGGUCCCUGAUCAAGUCGUACGGGGCGUCCAAGGCGGGCGAUAAGAUCCAGCGCAGCACCGUCCUAGUGGACAAGGAGGGAAAGGUAGCGGCCGUCUGGAACCCGGUCAUUGGCGCGGAGCAGCACCCUGUUCAAGUCCUCGCAAAGCUCAAGGAGAUAAUGAUGUAAAAAAUGCUUCUUCUAUCAGCGGGGGCGUCGACGAGAGAAGAGGAUAAACUUUUUUUUUUUUCUAUUUUCGAGAGACCGGAAUGGAGAUAGAGGGGGUAAGGAAGCUGAGCUGAACGCGGCAUGACCUGUGACUAUAUCUUGACCAGGAUAAUUUCAUUUGGAGUGGUGGCGGUGGGGUUAGGAUGUUGGUCGCUUGUGUUUAUUGUCUGUGUAAAUUAUUCUACAAAUUUCUGUUGCGGCACGCCAUAUCAUUCGCCAGCUUCGGUUUAAGCUUCCCUUCACCUCCCACCUCUCUUGGUGCGGGUGAUGGGAGCUGUGGUAUUUAUGCCCGCUAGUUGUCCAUCGGAACGCGGGCUGUACCCAAACAACGCGUGCAGUCGGGCUGGUUGUUCUUGCCCCUGGCCCGACAACGAAAACGGCCAAACUAACAGGGAUUGUUGUCCGAAUGCGCCCUUGUUUUCCUAGAUCAGCUACAGCACGGCCCGCUAUCCAGAAAACCCAGUCCGGAUUAAAGCUCAAUUAAGUCGCCACCCGUAGAGCAUAAACCGCUUUGUAAUAUGCUGAGCUGUGCUUCUUGACUCAAACAUCUUGUUGCCGGCGGAGUGUAUUCUUCGUACACAGUUUUUUGUUUAUUGAUUUCAUCUAUUUUUCAUGUUAUUUGACAGUUUCGGACUCAAAAAUUCUCCGAAAUAAGGAAACAUACUGUGAGUUAAGCCUUCAUUCUGAGGAUCGCUCCUGGCAGUCUCCCCAGAACCUACAAGGAAAAAAAGUUACAGAUUUAAGCGCGU